CCAUAUGGCACCAAGGCCCCUCCUCCACGCUCCAUCCCGGCACUCAUUGAUGCUUCAAAUCACUGCUUCACUACUAGCCCCAUGGCUGUCGGAUCAGCUGUUUUUGAUCCGAUCUAGCCUUGCCACAAAGGAAGAGUUUCUGCACGUACUUAAAAAUACUUUCGCUCGAUUCCAGUUCAGUCUCAUCUGUCUUCGCAGUCGAACCCAGCACACGAACAGCUGCGCGCAGGGAGAGGCAAGCUCGUGGAGGAUGCUCGCAAUCCGUGGAGAAAUCUGUUUACAACCGCCGAGUGAACAUUGACAGAAAAUCUGUUUUGGAUUUCAGUUAAGGAUUGUAUUCUUUAAGUUUACACACGGCAUCACUCAUCUUCCCUUUUGAAACUCUAUUGUUUCCAUCCCAAAGCGCUCUGGAGAAGCGCUGCGCCUCAAGGGGAAUCCUCUGUUGUUUAAUUUAAAGUGCUCCAGCUGCAUUACCAGCGCAUAUUUUGUCCUUUUAAGUUACUUAAGUUCACUGAAACACCCGGACAAGGCUUAAAUGUUCGGUAUCCAGGAACAUCUGAUACGAGAAGUUAGCGGAUUAAAAGAGAGAAGUCUUGGAGAAGAGAUGGAUCCAGUCCGCUCGUGGGUGCGUAAUGUUGGAGUUGUGGAUGCGAACGUUGCAGCGCAAAGCGGAGUUGCUCUGUCAAGGGCUCAUUUUGAGAAGCAGCCGCCUUCAAAUCUGCGCAAGUCCAACUUCUUCCACUUUGUCCUGGCUCUGUACGACAGACACGGCCAGCCUGUGGAGGUGGAAAGGACAGCUUUUGUGGAUUUUGUUGAGCAUGAAAAGACGGGAGAAAAGACCAACAACGGCACUCACUACAAGCUCCAGCUCCUCUACAGCAAUGGAGUCCGUACAGAACAAGAUCUCUAUGCACGUCUUAUCGAUUCUGUCACCAAGCAGCCCAUAUCAUAUGAAGGACAAAACAAGAACCCAGAAAUGUGCAGAGUUCUGCUCACACACGAGGUCAUGUGCAGUCGCUGCUGCGAGAAGAAAAGUUGUGGCAACCGAAAUGAGACCCCCUCUGAUCCAGUCAUCAUCGACAGGUUUUUCUUGAAGUUUUUCCUGAAAUGUAACCAGAAUUGUCUGAAGACAGCAGGAAACCCAAGGGAUAUGAGGAGAUUUCAGGUGGUCUUAUCAAGCACCAUAAGCGUUGAUGGCCAUGUCCUCGCCGUGUCUGACAACAUGUUUGUCCACAACAACUCAAAACACGGUCGGAGAGCUCGAAGGCUGGAGCCAGGAGAGUCUGUGGAGAAUACUAUGGAAUACGCUACGCCAUGUAUCAAAGCCAUCAGUCCCAGCGAGGGCUGGACCACCGGCGGGGCCAUGGUCAUAGUCAUCGGGGAGAACUUCUUCGAUGGGCUACAGGUGGUGUUUGGAAGCAUGCUAGUGUGGAGUGAGCUGAUCACUCCACAUGCUAUACGAGUCCAAACGCCUCCUCGCCACAUCCCGGGGGUCGUGGAGGUCACACUGUCUUACAAAUCGAAGCAGUUCUGUAAGGGAGCCCCCGGGCGCUUCAUUUACACAGCACUUAAUGAACCAACCAUAGACUACGGUUUCCAGCGCCUUCAGAAAGUGAUUCCUCGACAUCCUGGUGAUCCAGAGAAACUUGCAAAGGAGAUUCUCCUGAAAAGAGCAGCAGAUCUAGUGGAGGCCCUGUAUGGAAAUCCACACAGUAAUCAGGACAUGCUGCUGAAACGUGCCGCUGACAUCGCUGAGGCUCUCUACAGUGUCCCCCGUCCUCACAGCCAGCUGCAAGCUCUUCCCAGCUCCCCAGCACAUGGCAGCGUUAUGGGUUUGGGCUCCUAUCCCUCCCAGCUAGGUGUUAGCAUUGGGGAGCCAGGACAGAGCAGUCAAGGUUACAUUCGAAACCCCAGCAGUUUGUCUCCCAGGGGUUACCCAUCUGCUUCCACCCCCCAGCAGUCAAGCUAUGGCAGCAGUGGGGGGAUGACUGGAGGAUAUGGGACAGUCCCCAUGACAAGUUUAGGAGUUCCAGGAUCUCCUGGCUUCAGCAGUGCUUCUCCCACAAGCUCUCCAUACAUAAUGCCCUCCAGCCCCACCAUACCAGGAAGCUCCAGCUCCUCAUCAUCUCUUUUGCCUUUCUCCUCCUUCCCUUCUGCUGCUAAACAGAAGAGCGCUUUUGCUCCUGUCCUCAGGCCCCAAGGUUCUCCCUCCCCUGCCUGUCCCGCAUCAGCGGGGAACAGCUUCAGAGGUAGUCAUCCAACUCACUAUCUGACGCCGCUGUCUGAACUCACGAAUGCAGUCUAACCCCCUCUACUAACAAACUGGAAAGCUAUGACUGAACCAGACAGAAAACGCUUGCUGGAUGUACAAUAAUGAAAGACCUGCCAGGCUUGAAUCAUGGCUUUUGUAUAUUUUUUCUCUCCAGCGAUGAUGGGCCUGGUUGUUCCCCCGAUGUAGCAAAGCACCUACCCCACUCUGCCCCAGACCACUGCUUGAUUUAACCCUUCUUUUGGCGCAGAAAAUGGGAAAUUCAUCUCUAGCGCUCUUGUAUAACUUUCCUCCCCAGCUGUCAAUCUUAGUUCCAUUGUCAUCCAGACUGAUAAACAGAACAAGGAAUAAAAAAGUCCAAAGAGGAGCCUUCUACUCUAGAUGAAGAGGAGAAUACUCAUCCAACAAUUUCAGAGCCACUUCUCAGCAAGCAGCAUCAGACUGAACUGGACGACAGCUGUUUGUGUGCGGCAUCAGAAAGGAAACAAAAAGGAAAGAGACUUCCGAUUUUACACGGAGCUUCAGGAUCUACACAAACCUUGAUCAGACUUGGAAGAUGGGCCCUCCAAAAAGCGCAGUGAGAGUUGACAGGUGGCAGACAACUGCUCCAAUAAGCAGGGUGCUAUUUUGUUAGAGGACGGACACCUUAAAAGGCAUGUGUGUACCACUAUCUGUGAGCUAGUGACAGAUUUUUUUUGUAUUAGACUUUUCUAAGUCAAUUUACAUUCCAGAAGAAUAGUCCCUUUAUUUUUUCUUUUCUAAUUUCUAUGGUUUGUCAAGGGUAAAACCUUUCUCUCAUGGGUUAUUACUAAAGAAAUUCAUAUAUUGAUUUAUUUAAAAGCAAGCAAUUUAACUUAUUAUAGUUAGUUUAGGGAAUAAUAUAAAUGUGUUUUUACAAAGUGGUCCUUUUCCAGUUGUUGUUGACACAAAGAUUUUCAGAAAUUGGCAGUAACUUUGAUAAAUGAUCGGUAAGAUUUUUCUUUUUUCAGUAAGGAAAGAAAACAUCCUAACUUGUAGGUUUUCUUGUAGCAGAAUACAAACUUUAUCCCCACAAUUACAGAAGAUUGUGGCUCCUUGUGUGGAAGGAAAUGUUAGUUUGCCUUAUCCUUGAAGUUUACUUAAAAUGCAUGCUUUGUACACCAACCACCUGAUACAUUUCCAAUUUAUACAUGAUUAGUAUUAGCCUUUUCCGGAUGUCUUCAAUAUGUCACAACCCAGUACAAGGAGAGAAGUCACUAUGCAGUAUGGAAAACUAUAAGCACAGCAGCUGGAAAGAAAAGGAGCAGGUGCAUGAGGUGAACUCUGACCCUUAUUACCCUGUUCUUACCGUUAUUAUUCAUUUUGUCAUCACAACAAAAACUGCUUUCUCAGGACACGAAAAUAAAGAGUAGAUGACGUGCAACUUUUGUUUUUUUUUAGAACACGGUUAAUCUUAUUUAUUUAAAUAAUUAUUAGCAAUUUAUUAUUAUUUUUUAAAGCCAUCUUUCUUUAACAACAGUACAAAUUAUUGGUGCAAAUGUGAUUUGUAUAUUUUAAGGUGUAACUAUAUUUUGUGGUCGAAAUAAAAAAAACAAAAAAAACAAUAAACG